AUAACAUUUGCCACUCCCUCAAUGUUGACACAAGAAUUUCAUCUCGAAACCGAUCCACGUUUCGCGUUCGCGCGCGUAAAGGGCGAUAUAUGUCUAGUCCAAUUGCAUCCAAUCCAAUCCGAGACAUCACGCGAAUCUUUAGGGAUCAUCGUUUUUCGCCACGAGUUCGUGUCCAUCUUCCGGUAUUCCCAUGACCUACGCGUGUCCCCCGAGGACAUUCGUGUUCUCGAGCUUCUUGACGAAGACCGGAUACGCUAUGAGGAAGACAACGGCACUGUCUUCCUGGCAAAGGAUCUUAUGGCUCAACUUCGA